CUCGGUUUCUUCGAUUGCCGUACGGGCCGAUGGCUGCUGUGGACAGCGGCCUGCGGCGCUGCUGCGGGCUGCGUCCUGCGGCGGCUGGCUGAUUGCUGCGGUUUGCGGAAUGUUGUCGCUGCUGCGUGCUCCGUUGAUUAUAGGUGUUGCAGUUAUGAUGAUUUAAGGCCUCAUCUAGUCAUCUCGGUCUCUCUGAACUCUGAAGUCUGAAGCGAUCAAGUUGACAGGGUGACGGCUGUGAUUCCACUCAUUCCAGAUAUGUAUGAUAAUCUUGGAGCACAGCCUGGUGUUCCUAUACCGCCUACUAUGCAGCAGCCGAAUCCAUUUGGAAACGCAUUCUAUGGUGCAGGGUCUGGUUUAAUAAGAGGUGGAUUAGGUGCCUAUGGAGAGAAAAUUCUUGGUUCAAGCUCUGAAUACGUACAAAGCAAUAUUAGUAGAUACUUUUCUGAUCCCCAAUACUACUUCCAAGUCAAUGACCAAUAUGUGAGGAACAAAUUGAAAGUUGUACUUUUCCCAUUCCUGCAUAGGGGUCAUUGGACAAGGAUCACUGAACCAGUAGGUGGUAGGCUUUCCUAUAAGCCCCCAAUCUAUGACAUAAAUGCCCCAGAUUUGUAUAUCCCAUUUAUGGCAUUUGGCACGUAUGUUGUUCUUGCUGGUUUAUCAUUGGGUCUCCAGGGAAGGUUUAGCCCUGAAGCCCUAAACUGGCUGUUCAUGAAGGGUUUGGUUGGCUGGUUUUUACAAGUUUCAUUGCUGAAGAUGACACUUUUCUCACUUGGUAGCGGAGAAGCACCUUUGCUGGACAUUGUGGCAUAUGCAGGAUACACUUUUGCGGGUUUGUCCGUGGCUAUCUUGGGGAAGAUUUUAUGGAACUAUUCCUACUACUUUUUGAUGCCAUGGGCUGGUCUAUGCAUGGGGAUAUUCCUUGUGAAAACAAUGAAGAGGGUACUCUUUGCAGAGGUGAGGACUUACGAUUCAAGCAGGCAUCAUUAUCUCCUCCUCUUCAUCGCCCUGUCUCAGUUCCCCCUUCUCUUCUGGCUUGGAAAGAUUAGCAUUAGUUGGUUCUUUUGAAGUACCGCCCCCAUACCUCCAUAGCUAUAGAACUUCGCCUGGAACAGAAUGUCAAUUCUCUUGAACAAUUUUGUUACUUUUCUGUAAUGUCUUUCUGAAUAUUUGACAGAGUUCUCAUCUAAUGUAUCUUUUGUCCAACAAAAAUGACCAUAUGCUUGGUGUACAAAUUGAGGGAGAAAGGGAAAUGACCAAGAUCAGGCUUUUUCUUUGGGAAUUAAACAAGUAAUUGUCAACUUCUCUUCA